UCGUUGCUGCAGCCCAGAGACGGAGUGGACAGAGGACCGGACCUGAUCCGAGCUGCAGGGCUGCUGCACAAGCUCCAGGGACAAGGCUGUGUAGUGAAGGAUUAUGGGAACCUGGAGUUCGAGGAUGUGGUUGAAGACGAGCCCGUCGGUCGGGUGAAGCGUGCCAGGGCGGUGGGCAGCGCCAACCAGAGGCUGUCAGAGGCAGUGCAGGCAGUGAAGAGGGACGGACACACGUCUGUGAUGCUGGGAGGAGACCACAGGUCAGA